AUGACGUUACUACCUGAUAGCUCAGGGGAAACGCAUGACGAGCAACCUUCCGGGCUAUCCGAUGAAUAUCUAAUUGCUAAUCUUGCCCAUCGCCCCCUUCAUCAGCUGGCAGGAAGAAUCUCGAUCUCAAAUCCUGCAAGGUUUUCAGCUGUUCCGCCCUGCGAAGGUCCUUCGUCUAUGGGGUACCUUGACAGUCUCCCCCUUGAAAUUCUCCAAGCCCUCUUGAAUUUGUUGGACUUCCAGGCCCUCUCUCGCCUUUCAUGCACUUCUCAUCGAGCUAGAAGGGCCGUCGAAUAUCUACCAGCGUACCGAGAGCUUAUGGAACAUGCCCCUGAUACCCUUAAGGCUCUCGGGAAAUCCUGCCUCAUCACGGCACAUCCCGCCGCAAAGCUGCGUGCUGUUCUCAGGACCGAAUCCUGCGUCUGGUGCGGUGAAUACGGCCCCUUCUUGUUUCUCCCAACGUGUGAAAGGUGUUGCUAUGAAUGUCAGCGCUCAAACCCUUCUCUGUGGGUGAUGACGGCCGAUCUGGCCAAAUACUGCUUCAGAAUCACCACCGCCAAGCUGAGAGAGAUCCCCAUAAUGCGAAGUAUCUAUGGAGUUUACGACGUUUCCCAUGAGCUCUCUCGCCGUCGGCGCCUGAAGCUGGUCAGCGUCAGGGCCGCAAAGGAGCUCUCGUUGGCGGUGAAUGCAGGCUCUGCUCCUUCAAACCUGCGAAACAACGCGCACCUUAUACACCUAGCGCAUUUUCUAAACGCUCCUCUCGCGCCAGAAGGCCAGAAUAAUGGGGCUGGAGUGACAUCCCGUAUUCGUUACUGCACUCUGACUGACGAGUGCUGUGGCAUGGGGUCUAUCUGCUUCCCUUCUUUACAGCCAGACAACACUGUAGAACGCGGCCUUUGGUGCCGAGGAUGUUUCCGAGCUUCUGAGCAGUAUCGCUUUUCAAGUCCAACUACCGACCUCGCUACACGAAAUGUUUACCCACUUCGUGCAUUGAUUGGCACCAACUUAUGCGCCCGAUCAAAGAUGCAAUUUCUGGAACAUAUCAAACACUGUGACGGGUCCCUGGAACUGCAAGCGAAUUUAAGGAAGGGACUACAGAAUUGA